GGGGUUUAGGUUUCACCGAGGUUGAAGCUUAGAGAGAGAGAGAGAGAGAGAGAGAUAGAGAGAGAUGGGGAGGAGAGUGCUGAGCAAUGCGCUGAGCUCAAUAGUGAACGCGGAGAGGAGGGCGAAGGCCACCGUGCAAUUGCAGCCAAUCUCCGCCGUCGUCUCCUCCUUCCUUAAGAUCAUGAAGGAUAGAGGAUAUAUCAAGAGUUUUGAAGUUCAAGACCCGCAUAGAGUAGGGAAAAUAACAGUCGAGCUGCAGGGCAGGAUAAAAGACUGCCGAGCUCUUAUGUACAGGCAAGAUCUUAAGGCAAGGGAGAUUGAACAUUACCGGGUGCGCACUCUUCCGACUCAUCAGUGGGGUUAUGUUGUUAUGACAACGCCAGAAGGUAUCUUGGAUCACGAGGAAGCGAUGAAGAGGAAUGUGGGAGGUCAGGUGCUUGGUUAUUUUCACUAGAUAUUCAAGUUUCUUUUCAACUACAAGUAGAUGGUGCCGGAUUUCCAGCAGGAGAAAUGUAGAAGAGUCAUUUUCGAUCAUCCGAGCUUUUUUUGCUGAUUCCAAAGGGAUUUUUGCCUCAAAUUCACCAUGUGAUUACCGAUAGAACUUGUUGUAUCUGCUGUGUAAUAAGACGGUGUGGUUUUGGGAACUUCAGUCCUUUUUCUGCUACUGACUAAAUCAUUGUUGUUACUGCGAGGGCUUAUGUUUCUAACGAGGAAAACAGUUUUCUGUUCCCCAUUC